AUGCCAAACAACCGAGAUAUGUCUGCUUCCUUUGCUCGAGAAGUACAGUACACACCACCACCCGACCGUCCAAUGGUUGCCUCUUCAUCUCGGGCAAACUGGUUUCCAUCUCAUGGCUCAAGAAUGGGGGAAUCGUCAUACCAAGCAGGUGGGAUACCGACCUUUGGAGACUCUUAUGGUGGCGGAGGGGAUGAGGAGCACGGACCUAGCGGGAUAAACGAAUGGGAGACGAGAUUUGGAUGGCGAGUUGACUUCGAAGCAGCUGUUGCCUAUUUGUUGGGGCCGAUUUCCGCCCUUGCAUUGCUUAUACUAGAGACCAAAAACGAUUUUGUUCGAUUUCACGCAUAUCAAUCUGGGAUAUUUUCAACUGGAGUUUUGAUACUUCAGUUUAUCCUGCAUUUCAUAUUUCCGCGAUGGCUGAUGAUCAUACUGUAUGUAUGGUUAGCUGUGUGUCUGCUGGCAUUGGCGGCUCGCGCAUUCCAUGACGCCAACACAGGUAACAUUGGUCAAGGGGGUUUGGUCAGAUACCACUUACCGCGCCUUGGGGACAUUGCAGAACGCUGGGUGGGGGAGGAGUAA